AUGCUGAGGCCUGCUUUGCCAAAGGAUGGGCCAGGAUUCUGGCCGCGGCCGCUUGUUUGGGCCUUGGCCGAGCCAGGGGCCAACAGCAGGAGGCCGGAGAUUGCGAAAGUGUAUUUGGCAACGUGGUAUUCGCACCACGAUGACCUGACAAGGGCUGAUAGGAGCAAUGGCUUCAAGAAUCAGACAGACCUGCAGUGCCAAGAGGUAUUGCAACAACAAGCUGAACGCUUCACCAACUUCCUGACGACUGGGCAAAGAUGCUUCAUUGUUGUGGAAGCUGACCAGGAUUCCGCUGGUUGUUGUCUUUGUGCCUUCAUCAGCUAUGGGCAAAGCUACACGCGAGAAGGAUUCGGAGAGGUCAUGCAGCUCUUCGUCCAUCCUGAAUUCCAACGAAAAGGCUUGGGUUCAAGCUUGCUGAGGGCAGCGUGGAGACACAUGCAGAGCAAAGAAUGGUCCAGUUUGGGGUGCCAUGUAUGGUGCACGAAAGGGAACCCGGCUAACAAGGUCUAUGAACAGGUUGGUUGGUUUCCAACUGGGAACCAGAAGAGUCUUUAUCCAACAUUGAGCAAAGAACCUGUCGAAGUUGAGGAGUACAUGGCUCUAGACUUGUCCAAGCGGAAGGACAACUUAUUCUGGAUUUGGCGGUUGCUUAUGGUCAGACUUUCGCACUGUGGAAGCUGCUGUGGGCAAUGA